GUGUCAUUUAAUAUUGUGGAAUACAAAUUUAAUAAAUAUAUUCUAAGUAUAUCAUUCAAAAAAUGGAACUAACGGAUGAUUUAGUGGCCAUACAGGGCAUUUUAAUAAAUGUUAUAAAAAUAACUGGAGAAUUUACAAAGAUAAAUUAUAAAGGAGGAAACGAAGAAAAGAUUUUGAAAAUUAUUGAACAAAUUCAAAAGCACAUUAGUAGCAAAAACUAUGUCAAAGGUGGAAAAAUUAAUAGCAUUGUUGAUAAACAAGUAGAAGAUAUCGUUUUAUUCCUAGCUAUUAAUACUAAAUACAAAAAACCACUAGAACUGGCAGAUUACGAUCAUUUAAUCAAUAUAAUGCCACAACUGUCUAAAUGCGUUUUAGCUAACAUAGUUUAUGGUUUAGAUCUGUGUAAAUAUUACUGCAAAGUCAUUGAGAAGUUACCGAUAAAUUAUGGAAUAGAAUUAUUGGAAGAAAUAGUUCCUUGUUUGAAAAAGUCUGUUCCAAAUACUCAACUGCGAUAUGCUGUGAUGUUCCUUAGAGCAGCUGUAAUAAAACUCUCUUCAGAUAAGAUUUCAGAAAAGGACGAGUAUGAUGUUUUUAAGCUUACGGAAGUAACAAAUAUGAUUUUGCUGUUGUUAACUGGUUUACAUCCAGGUCACGUAAAAAAUUUAAAGGCCGUUCAAAUAUAUCAACAUAUGGGGUACAGUUUACUAAGUUUGUUCGAGUUACUGUUAUACUGCGAUAAGGAAAACAUUAUUUUGAAACAGUUUAUCGAAAAUGUUCUUAGGACAGCCUGUACCUUACUUCAAAACGUUACUAUAAACGUAUACUGUUCUUGGGCAGAGGUUAACGAAGGCGAGGAGCCACUACAAAGUGUUGUAGCCGGUAAGGCGUACCAAGUAGUAGAGGAAUACCAAAAAUACAAUGGAGCCAUAGAAUUAAUAAAUAUGCUAGGUUCAAUUGCCAAAAAACCCAAAACUUUAGCUGAACGCAUCCAGGCUGCCGACACUCCAACAAUGAUCAAGAAAGUCCAUAUGAAAGACCAAGAUCAGCAAGCUUGGUUUAAAGCUGUACUCGGCACCCAAAUCUUCAACAAUGAGGAUGCCAUGAAGUGCGUUCAUACUUGGGCACAUCUCUGUGAUAAAGACGAUGUUGCAAGGUUGCUUAAAUUAAGUUGUCAGUCAGGAAAAGAUGAGGCAAAGCAAUUAGCUGUAAAAUGCGCCUCAACACUAAUUCUGCAAGAAUUGAUUUUGAUCUCGACAAGACACUUUUAUGAACACUACUUUAACGUACUUGUGACUGAUACUGAUAGAGUCGAGGCUCAGUUGAAGUUAAUCUUCAAUAAAAUGAACGGUCAGACAGAUAUUGAUGAAGAUUUCAUCAAGGAUAUGUGUUUAUUGUUGCUGCAGGGCCCCGGUAUCGUAUUGAAGGCGGUUUUUUUCGAAUGUAUAAGAAAUAAAUGUUACAUCAAGUGUUAUGAAAAGUUGUUUGCCGCCAUAAGAGAAAUCGUGACCAUAAAGAAUUUCAUCCUUGAUUGUUUAUGGCAGUUCAUUUUAGACAAUCGGCCUGAUGCUAACAAUGUUGAUAACUACAUCGCUCUGUUCUUGAAAUUACAAGAAAUGGGUUACUUGAGAAGUAACAACAUAGUCAAUGUCUUGUUUCUUCCACUGCUGUCUCUUCUCUUGAAUGAAAUGGAGUUUGAGCAGUUAGGUUAUGUUUUACAAAUCUUGUUGGAUUGCUCAUUUAAAAUUCCAGCAAAUUCUGAAAUGACCAAAGUAAGAUGUGUCCUACUGAUUAUAAUGGAUGAAUGUCGUUGUACCUUUUUAGAACUAAAUGUUGUUAAGCAGCAAACCACUGCCUAUGCUGUUGACAUCAUCAAGAGUUUGUGCGAAGUACACCCAAACUACGACCUUGAAAAUGAAUCUCAUACUCCUGCAGAUAAAUAUAAAGAUGAAUUUACCAAUUAUUAUAAAAAGUUCCUUUCCUCUAAGACUGAUUCAACACUUUUACGAAGUUUAUACAGUGAUUUUAGCACCGAAAACUAUGCAGAUUGUGUAAAUCGGAUCUUACAGUUUCUGCCUCGUGCCGUAAGCAGUGAAUGGUUGAACGUAAUGCAAGAGAUAUUUUCCCUGUGCGGAAGUGAAAAGGCUAUGGAACUGCUGACAGAUGUGAUGAUAUUGUUGUGUAAAGUGGUAGAGACACAGGCUCCCGAUAGUAAUACUGGGAAGCAGUUGAUUAUCGCCUUGAAGUAUUGUUUGCAGCUGUACGGAAAUGCUCUUCAGAGUAUCCAGUCAGAUUCGACGGAGGCGGUGGAAGUGGACAUCACAAAAGGUGUCUGCAGACUUCUAAAACACCUGCCGGAAGCAUUGAAAGAGGAAGUAGGACUGUCCAUCGUCAAUGUCUUAACACAAAGGUCUCUAAAGUCACUUGCCGAUGACAGGGAAUUUGCGUGUUUGCUAAUUUCAAUUAAUAACAGCUUUAUUUGUAGGACGGUAGCACAGAGAAUGGCGGACUGAGGAGAGAGUUGGACACUUUAAAAAUAUUUCGUAUUUAUGUGAUUUUACGUUGAUAAAUAGCUGUAAGAGAAUUUUGUUUUCUGUUUUUGAUUAUGCCACGUAAGGCAAUUCUGUUUUCUGUU